UACUUUACCUUACCUAUUUUGACAUAAUUGAUCUCAGGUUUUCUUAGAAUUAAACUUCAUUUUAAGUUGACACACUUGCCCGAUCAGAAUCACUCACACAUCCGCGUUUGCUGUUCAAAUCAAUUUUGAGAAAUAUUUCUCUGGAUUCGUGUUUUUUUGUUUGUUUUGAAAUUUAAAGAUCUAAUUCCUUUGGCGGUACCAUUUAGAUUUAAAAUUAAAAAAUGUGUUCCCGCGAUCCGGCAUCCAAUCAGUUGAUCGACUACAAGAACAACGACUCCGAGGUGCAGAAGGAGAUCACGACCUCCAGUGGGGUUCCGGUGGGCGUUAAGGAUGCUACACAGACGGUGGGUCCAAGGGGUCCGGUCCUGCUGCAGGAUUUUCAGUUCAUCGACGAGAUUAUGAAUUUCGAUAGGGAGCGAAUUCCCGAACGAGUGGCUUAUGCCAAGGGAGCUGGGGCCUUUGGCUACUUUGAGUGCACCCAUGACAUUUCCAAGUUCUGUGCUGCCACCAUUUUCGAUAAGGUAAAGAAACGCACAGCCAUCGCCAUGAGAUUUUCGGUGGCCUGUGGGGAACAGGGUUCUGCGGACACGAUCCGAGAACAGCGUGGAUUCGCCGUAAAAUUCUACACCGACGACGGCAUCUGGGACAUUGUGGGCUGCAACAUGCCGGUGCAUUAUGUGCGGGACCCUUCGCUGUUUCCCAGCCUGGUCCAUGCUCAAAAGCGCAAUCCGCAGACCCAUCUAAGGGAUCCCGACAUGUUCUGGGACUUUAUGACCCUCCGUCCAGAGACGCUGCACGCCCUGCUCAUGUACUUCAGUGAUCGUGGAACACCUGAUGGAUAUCGCCACUUGCACGGCUACGGAGUUCACACCUAUCGCAUGAUCAAUCCAAAUGGGGAAACACAGUACGUCAAGUUUCACUUCAAAACGGAUCAGGGCAUCAAGAACCUGGACAGCCGACGAUGCGACGAGCUGAUGUCCCACGACCCGGAUUAUGCAAUCAGGGAUCUUUAUAACUCGAUCAAGAAGGGAAACUAUCCCAGCUGGUCCAUGUAUAUUCAGGUAAUGCUCAAUGAGGAGGCCAAAAAGUGUCGUUUCAAUCCGUUCGAUGUGACCAAGGUGUGGCCCCAAAAGGAUUUUCCCCUGUUACCAGUUGGCAAACUCGUCCUUGACCGCAAUCCCACCAACUACUUCACAGAGGUAGAGCAGCUGGCCUUCAGUCCGGCGCACAUGGUUCCGGGAAUCGAACCCUCACCGGAUAAGAUGCUACAGGGUCGUCUGUUUGCCUACGGCGACUCGCAGCGCUACCGCUUGGGUGCCAACUACAUGCAGAUACCGGUCAAUUGUCCCUACAGGGUCAAUGUGCUAAACUUUCAGCGCGAUGGCCCCAUGACGGUGACUGACAACCAGAGCGGGGCUCCCAACUACUUCCCCAACUCGUUUUGCGGCCCCAAGGAAAGUCCCCGGGCCUUGGCCCUGCAAACCUGCUGUCCCUUGACCGGAGAUGUCUACCGAUAUAUGAGCGGCGACACAGAGGAUAAUUUCAGUCAGGUCACCGACUUCUGGACCUACACCCUGGACAAUUGCGGCAGGAAGCGACUUAUUCGAAACUUGUCCGAGCACCUGACCGAAGCCAGUCAGUUUCUGCAGGAGCGGGCAGUAAAACUCUUCACCAUGGUCCACUCCGAUUUCGGCCGUUUGAUGACUGAAGCCCUAAACACGGCCAGGAUAUCCAAGUUUUAGAAUUUGUCGCAGUUCAGUGAUUUUAUAGAUAGUACUUUGGUAAAUUGAUGCAAUCAAAAUUGAAAACUAGAAAAACAUGUUUCGGUUAAUGUGAAUGAUUGUACUAAAAUCAGAGGUUUUGAAAUGAACGGUCUUAUUGAUGGUUUAAC